AUGUCGCAAACAGAUGAAGCUGCAGCUGCUGAGUUGAAAAAGAAACGUACCUUCAAAAAGUUCACGUAUCGUGGAGUUGAUUUGGAUCAACUUUUGGAUUUGAAUCGUGACCAACUAGCGAAAUUGUUGCCGUGCCGCGCACGUAGGCGUCUGGCUCGUGGCUUGAAACGUAAGCACUUGGCAUUUUUAAAUCGGUUACGAAAAGCAAAAAAGGAAGCUCAACUACAUGAAAAACCAGCCACAAUUAAGACUCAUUUACGCGAUAUGAUUGUAUUACCCGAAAUGGUUGGAUCAGUCGUCGGAGUAUACAACGGGAAAGUUUUUAAUCAGGUCGAAAUAAAGCCUGAAAUGAUUGGUUAUUACUUGGGAGAAUUCGCAAUCACAUACAAACCUGUGAAACAUGGACGGCCAGGUAUUGGUGCUACACAUUCUUCUCGUUUCAUUCCGCUUAAAUAA